CCCCCCGAUGGAGUCAGGCCCACAGAGGGGUCUCAAAUGGUACCUGUAUAUCCUGAUCGGGCUCCCAGUGGCCCUGGUCCUGCUUCUCUCCCUCCUCCUCUUAUUCCUCCUCCGACACCGACGUCAGAGCAAAGGCAGGGUGUCAGGGACCACAGGCCCAGAGCCCAAGGACAGAGGCCUGCAGAUCAGCUCCAGCCCAGCUGUGGACACCCAGGAGGAGCCCCUCUAUGCUGAUGUGACGGACCCGCAGCCUGGGGAGAGCAUGGAGCUGGACCCUCCGCAGAACAGGCAGGAUGAAGACCCCCAGGGAGUGAUGUACGCCCAGGUGAACCACUCAAGACCAAGACCCAGGCAGGGAAUGGCCACCUCUCCUUCCUCCCCUUCUGGGGGGUUGCUGGACCAGAAGGGCAGACAAACAGAAGAGGACACUCAGGCUGCUGCAUCUGAUGCCCCCACGCACACAGCCUAUGCCCUGCUGAACCACUCGGCCCUCAGAUAGAGGACAACACCCUGUUCCUCCCAUCAGAGAAGUCCCCAGAUGAGUCCAGUGUGUAUGCUGCUCUGCCCAUCCACUAGCCCAGACCCCACAGUGCAGGGAGUUGGCUGCCAGGACCCCUGAGGACACUGGAGCGGCCCCCAUGGACACUCAGUGCCCUGGCCAGUCUGGAGAUCUGACGUGGACCCCAAACUGCUCCUGGGAUGCCCCUGGGAGUCGCCUGAUUCUGCAAUCACAGAUGACUAAUAUCCCUACAUUAUGGAAUCAAAGCAACAGACUUCUCAAUAACCAACGUGUGAAUUGAUUAUUGACAGGAAGUGAACAAAUGCUUUCAAUGAAUGAUCAUGUAAAUAUUAUGCAUCAAGCCUAUGAAAUAAAAAAAAUAAAAAUAAUGAGUGAAUAUAUUAGAAAAGAAAAACCUAAAAGGUCAAGACCUAAUUUAUUACAUAAAGAAUUUAGAAAACGAAUAGCCAAUUAUUCUAAAUGAGGGUAGAACGAGGGAUGUAAUAAUGAGUAGCUACUAGUGAGGACAGACAAAAAUAGAGAAAAAGCAGCAAAGUCAAAAAAUUUUAUUCUUGAAAACUGUAAUCACACUGAUAAAUCUUAGCCACAGUAGACAGGGAAAAGGAGAAGAGGCACACAUUCCCACGACGAGGACAGCAUCACAGAUCCUACAGACUUUAAACAGAUACCACAACAUGAUAAAUGAUUUAAUGCCAGGCCCUGCCCAGUUAGCUCAGUUGAUUAGAGCAUUACCCCAAUACGCCAAGCCCGCAGGUUUGAUCCCUGGUCAGGGCAUAUGCAAGAAUCAGCCAAUUAAUGCAUAAAUAAGUGGAACAACAAAUUGAUGUUUC